GAAACACUGCUGCCUUCUUCAGAAGUAGAGCCGGUUUGGCUCCACAUGAUUAUUCCGACAUUUCCAACUGUACCUGAAGGCAGCAGCCGUGUGUGUACGUCGUGAGCGCGAUAAGGAUUAUGGGUACAGCAUGGGGUGAGUUGCAUAAGGUUACCAAAGGCAACAGUGUCAAUGGUGUCUGGUCCAGCCUGGGUCCGUGGAUCUCACGCCGCCGGUACCGCGGCGUCCUGCCCGCUGUGAUGCAGCGCAUCGGCAGCCUCGCUGCAUGCCGGGAGCUCGGCGGCCUCGCGGCGUGCACAUCCGGACUCUGCCCCUGGAAGAAGGGCCCGACCUGCGGCAAGGAGCCGGCAGCUCACCGGCGGUGGGCGGGUGUGUGUGUGCGUCCUGCGCGUCCUUUCACCGCGGAGCAUGCAGCUCAGGGUCGGAGGUUGUGCCGGCGGAGGGUCGUGUUCGCCGGUCAGAACCACAGACUGUUCGGCUCACAGCCGCCGGGGAGCUCCGAGGGUCAGCCCGCUAUCUCCGUGGUCGGCAUCCCGGACCCGAUCACAUGGUUCCGGUGUAAAUUCACCAUGUAUCUGGUCGAACUCUUCUUUGAGUUGGACCUGAACUCUGCGGAGUUUCACAGUGGAGUGAAGCAGGCUCUGAUCCACAUCUCCGACCUGCUGUCCAGCGGCAGAUACCACAGGCUGGUGGGAAUAGUGUCCAGAGAGAUGAUCGACUAUGUUGAGACGAGGUGCAGGUCUCUCACCGACGCUCAGAGGAGGCAGCUCGCCGUCACGAUGGAGGAUAUUGUAUUUAUGUUGCCGGAGGACGUGUCUGUGGUCUUUGAUCAGUACGGUAGGAAGUUCUGCCACGUCGUCUUGAGGUUUUGGAUCCUGUCAACACUUGAAGGCCCCGAUGACCCCGAGGGCAUAAAGAUCUUUAAAGUGGCCCCAAGUGAAGAUGGACAGCCACAGAAGAAAGUAGUGACGGCAGUCUAUGAGUUCCACAAAGAGCUGACGAGAGGAGCCUCUCCUGACUGGACGGUGGAAACCAUUUGGCACUGGCACUGGAAAGCGGCUGAGUGAUUUUUACUUGAUACAGCAAGACAAUUUGUCAGUCAUCAGGACAAACUGGGACGUUGUGGUUGGCUUAAUUUACUUAUCUCUGAAAGACAACUUGAAACUGGACCACAGACAGAUUGAGCAGCAGAUUGUUGAAUAGACUGACUGUCUAUUGGCGUCGCAUGAAACGGGACCCGGAGCCACAACACCGAAGCUUAACAGAAGACUCAAGACAUCAGAACUUUUCUGAACCCGCCUUCCAACUUGAUGUUCUCCUCAGCUGCCUUUUAAAGACCUUCUCCAGGGAUGAUAAUUACACAGCAUACUGUCCACCUCCUCCUCCUCCUCCUGUCCUGCUGAACACCGCCGGCAGUUUUUAGCUUUGACACAGAAUAUAAACAGAGUUAUGAGGUUGCUGGAGGAAGACGUUUAAACCUGCUUAAAAUAUCUGUUGAGCGUGUUGGCAAAAAAACAAUAAAACUUCACUCCAGGUAGCUCCAUGUAUUAGCUUUUUUUCCCCAGAGCUUUCUACUAUGUCUCAUAAUCUUCCUCUGCUGAUGGAGUUUUCUCAGUUGUCUUGGCAGGACUUACAGAUGAGGAGGAACUUUGCUUGUAUAUGGUCACUGUUCUGUACUUGACGUCGGUCAGGCGAUGACAACUGACAAGACUGUCCACUGAUGAAGACCAUGAGAUUUGGCUUAAAGUUCCAGAAAAAAGCGGAAAGUGGACCUUUUUUUUUUCUUGUCAAACAUCUUAUUCCAAGGUCAAGAAUGAACAGUGACUCUGAACUGUUUGUUUGUUUGUUUUAAAUCUUUCAAAUUUGUUGCAUCAAUAAAUUGCUUGAUUUUAGCACCACA